GUUCAAUUUUCAGAUUGUGAUUUGUGUGGUUCCGAUUUUAAUUCUUGAACUAUUGUACGGUUUUCUAAUUCCGAUCAGUGCUUCGCUUUUUUGUAGGAAUUCUUCUCUGAUUCCAUAUUGGCUUCCCGCCCGGAAAUUUCCCUCCAUUUUUUUCCCGUUUUCGUCUCGAGUUGGUCAAAUUCUUCAUUCCUGCAGAUCUCUUCGUUGAUAUGUUCGAUUAUUUUCUGUUAAAUAUAUCGAAAUUAAAGAAUCAAUUGCUUUUUGCCGUCUCGUGGAGUCGUGGCGAGGCGACCCAAGAGGUCAGAAACUGAAGCAUAGCCCGAUUUUUGAUGUUUAGAGGAAGCGAAGCGACUUAAGGACUAGGUUUCAAUCGGCAAUGCUGUGACAUAGUCGGGAAUGAAGUUUAGUCCUACACGAGGAGCACUGGUUCUUCUGACAAUGCUCAGAUAUGAGACACGAGAAACUAAUUAGGCGUUUGUAUGGGUGGACAUGGAUUUUAGAUUCAGAAAUUGGAGAAUUGGGGCAAAAAAUGUGAUCUUAUUAAUGGUGGUUAUGACCUCAGUUGGUGCCAUUUUUCAGAACCAUGCACUUCCUCAUCCGAAUACUUUCUGGUCCCUCUUCUCUGCAGUCACAGUUCCUCCUUAUAAGACAUUGAAUAAUGAAAUGCAAGCAAUGGAAUAUUUGCCUUUUAAUGAUGGUAGAGAAAGGUUCCCAACAGUAUCAGUUUAUCGAGUGAAUGAUUCUUCUGAACAAGCCCUAUCCAUAGCAUCUGAUGCAGUUGUGUCAACAUCCAAUGUCACGGUGGUUGCAAGGUCCGGUACACAUCUGAAAGAUGAUGGCUCUAAGCCCACAGAAAUUGUUGAGUCUGCACAACAAAUGGGUGAUAAGAACAACAGCAGUGACAAGUAUCAUAUACUGGAAUCAUCCAGGGAGUCUAGGUUGUCCAACUCAAUUCCCAAUGCUGUUCCAGCAGAAGCAAGGGAGAAAAAAUCAAUUGGAAAAAGUUAUCACAUACCAAAGCUAAAAGAAAAGGCACCUGAAGUGACCUUUUUUUCAGAUAGUGGCCACACUUCUUCUCAUGAAAAGAAGGAAAUGGUUCCUGUAUCACCAGACCAGGCACUUUUAUAUGCUAAGAAUGAAAUUAAGAAUGCCCCUGCAGUGAGAGAUGAUCCUGAUCUAUACCCACCAAUAUUUCGUGACGUCUCUGUAUUUAAAAGGAGUUAUGAGUUGAUGGAAAAGAUACUCAAAGUUUAUAUAUAUCCAGAUGGAGAAAGACCUGUUUUCCAUAGACCGUUGCUCAAAGGAAUUUAUGCAUCUGAAGGGUGGUUUAUGAAAUUGAUGGAGCAAAACAGACAGUUUGUGGUGAAGGACCCUAAAAAAGCACACUUGUUUUACUUGCCAUACAGCUCCCACCAGCUGGAGAUUGCUUUAUAUGUUUCCGAUUCGCACAAUAUAAAACCACUAUCACUCUAUCUUAGAGAUUAUGUGAAAAAGAUUUCAUCUAAGUAUAGAUUCUGGAAGAGAGCACGAGGAGCAGAUCACUUUCUUGUUGCUUGCCAUGACUGGGCACCCUACACCACAAAGGAGCAUGAAGAACUUCAUCACAACACUAUAAAAGCGCUCUGCAAUGCUGAUGUAUCUGAGGGGGUCUUUGUGCCAGGGAAAGAUGUCUCCCUUCCUGAGACUACUGUACGCAAUCCCAGGAGACCUCUCAAGGACCUUGGUGGAAAACCUGUAUCACAACGUCCAAUUCUAGCUUUCUUUGCUGGAAAUAUGCAUGGUCGAGUUCGACCAGUACUACUCAAAUAUUGGGGUGAUAAAAUUGAAGAUAUGAGGAUUUAUGGACCUUUACCAAAUCAAAUAUCUAGAAAAAUGUCCUACAUUCAGCACAUGAAAUCAAGCAAGUAUUGCAUCUGUCCAAGGGGUUAUGAGGUGAACAGCCCCCGCAUAGUUGAGGCAAUAUACUAUGAGUGUGUGCCUGUGAUAAUAGCAGAUAAUUUUGUGCCACCUUUUAACGAUACCCUCAAUUGGAAUUUAUUUUCUGUAACCGUGGCAGAGAAGGAGAUACCAAACUUGAGGGAUAUUCUUUUGGCGAUUCCUUUUAAAAAGUAUAUGGAAAUGCAGAUGAAUGUUAAGCAAGUACAGAAGCAUUUUCUAUGGCACAGCAAGCCUGUCAAAUAUGAUAUUUUUCAUAUGAUUUUGCAUUCUAUAUGGUUCAACAGAUUGAGCCAAAUCUGAUCUUCAUGGGCUUCCUGAGGAUAUUUUUUUCACUAAUUGGAUGAUUCUGUGAAGUUGGAUGUUGGUACCAAUUUUAUGCUGUCCAGAUUGGGGAAUGAGCUUCCGAACAUGGAAAAUUGUACAGGAGGUGUCAUGUUCAGUGACGAGUUACAGGAUUAUUGUGGUGAUAUGAUGGAUUGAGAUGGUUCAUCUUCAAUUUUAAGGUACUCUUCCUGCUUUUUUGGUUUUGGAUAUCUGGUUUUCAGGCAAAUUGAUUUAUGUCAUGCUUAAAGCAGUCAACAUUAACUGCAGAACAGAAAUGACAUGGUAGGCCUAUGUAAGUUUCUGCCUGUUUAAUUAUUCCUGUAUUAUCCAGCAUUACACAGGAAACUGUAAGUCCAAGUACAUUUAGAGAUUGUGAGCAAGCGAUAAAAAUCUUGUGAUGUAGUUCCUUCUUUCUAUGAUGAAUCUAUCUCUUGUAUUUUUCGUUGGAAAAUAAGCAGUGCUGCCAGUGAUUGGUGUCCUGCCGUAACUUUAUCCACUGAUAAAUGAGAAAAGAAACUGCUUUUUGAAAA